AUGGUUAAUAAUUAUGAAAAUGUAGAAGUUUCGGAAGAAAAACAAUAUAAUAAUAUACAAGAAAAACAACGAGAAAAAGAUAUAGUGGAUACCGAUGACUCUAAGGACGAUUUUGAAUAUCAACUUUCACGAUUCUUAGAUUAUCCAAAAAGUCGCGAUAUUCUUACGGAAAAAGAUCAUAUUGAGGAUGAUUUCACUUUUGAAAUUUCUCCUGAUGACAAAGAUCGUAUUAAGAGAGAAUUAGAAUAUGAUUCGCGUUACUUAUUCAAUGUUAAACCAGCAGAGGAUGUAAAUGAAGGGGAACCAACAUCUACUGAAACAAAUAAUUUGACAUCAAUAAUCUCUAAUGAGAUGGACAAAAAACUUGAAUUACAAUCCAUAGGACAUAUUGAUGACUUCGUUGAUAUGAACAAUACGGCUAUUUAUAUAAAUGACACAAAUAUGAGUUUAUUGGAACAAUUGACAUCCUUUUUAUAUUCAUUCUUCGCAACAAUAAGAGAUAUAACAACAAAUAUAUACACAUUGAUCUCCAAUACGUUCAAGGUUUAA